AGUGCGCUUCUAAGUGGAAUGCGCUAAAAUGCGCAAAAUAAACGGCGUUUGGACGACAGCUCCAUUCUAUAUCGAGACUGACUGCUCUGGGUUAGGUGGUUGUGGUAACAGAGCACACGAUGCCUAGGAAGUGGUUAAUAGCGUUGCACGCCGUCUUUUGCAUCGCCCACGGCAACGCUAGACAUCAUUACGACAGCGACGAGCACGACGAGGAGGCUGCUUGGAAAUGCGCGCAAAUCGUGGCCGAUUACUUCUCAAAUUCUGAGGACCUGAAGAGUUACUACGUCGAAGACUACUCGGAGAGCAGUGGUGGCAACAGGCUCAAUGUAAAGCACGCGUCCCUCUCUGGCUUCUACGAUAUCGUGGCAGAAGAGGCUGAUCUCGUUCAUAAACGGAGCGUUAGUGAGCUCACGAUGGUCCUGGAAGUCCCCGAACUGGAGCUGAGCAGCUAUGACCUUCUGGAAGGCAAGGGCGGCUCCCACAAGUGGCUUCAUGUUAACACCGCCGCAAAAAAUGUACGCUUUCGUUUGGGAAUUCGCUACGAUAACAGGGGCAUCGAAGUAUUCGACUGCUCCUGUGAAGGCUACGACCGUCCCAGCGUUUACAUAGAGGAGAAUGUUGCCCAAAACCAGAAGAAGGUCGUCUCGGAACUGAGUAAAAGCAUUUUUGCUGCGGUACUGAAAAGGACGGUGCCCCAGGCCCUCUCCUUGGUCGGCGCAGAAGUAGGGUUGCUGGACCAACUCAUAGCGCAUGACAGGUACUCGUGAACAGCAACGUUGUAAUGAAUACACAUCCGUAUACACAUCCGUAGCUCUUGUACUACUCUGGAAUGACUGUGGAACUAAUACCCUAUAUAGAACGGAAUGACAUUUAUUUCACCUCCUAACCAACCAUCAUCUCGAAUGACAUCGUUCACUCCCCUGAUUUGUCGAAAACAAGUGGCGUACGCCUUCUCUGUUACAAUUAUGUUCUGCAUAAUUGAACAUCUGUAUGCAAUAAGGGGAUAAGUCGACUUAUCCUCUUUUUACUAUUUUUGUUGCAAUUACAUCGGCAUACCAGUAUGCACCUGCCAAUGAAAACUUAGGACCUUAUUGCGAUUUGUUGGCCCGCUACAGCAUGGUAAAAAAACAGGAAAUGCAUGUGUGUCAAUGGGACGGACAAUCAUAUCAGGCCCCUUUUCUCAUUUUGGGAUUUUUCGACUUAUCCCCUUAUUGCAUAUAGAGGUUCAAUUGUCACAUUCAACAAAUCAUAGGAGAGAACGAUGUCAUUCGAGAUCAUGGUUGGUUAGGAGGUGAAGUUACUGCCAUUUCGUUUAAUGUAUCAAGUUUACUGUGUGGCUAUGGUUUUACUGGACACGAAAUAAAGCUGUUUUGCAUUCUGAAA